GGAAUGGAAGGAAAUGGAAGAUAGCCAUUUGUCUGAUAACCAAACAAUAGAAAAUAUUUGCCUUAUGAGUGUAAUUUAUAGCUUAAAAUAUUAAAUCUAUAAAUGCGGAUCAUAUCCCAGGUCUCCUGGAUAACUUUUCAUGUCUCAAUGGAUUGAAAAACGGCAAUAGAUCAUGGAUACCGAAGCAGAAGACUUCAACCUCCAGUGGGAGGAAGAAGUAGAAGUGAAGAAAAUAUUUGGUUUUCAGCACAGUCCAACAGCUGAAACGGAGGAGGAGAUAUCAGGCUUAGAUAAUGCACAGGUCACAUCUUAUUCCAACAUGCUUAAGGUUGAGAAUCAAAUCUACACACAGACUUCAGAGGAAAUGAUGACGAGUACAGAUCAAAUGGCCGCAGAAAACUUAAUGUUCUUAGCACAAGAUGUAGUGAGUUACACGGAGACAGCUGAACUAGCAGAUGAUCCUAAUGUGGAGUGUGUCACGGAAGAGGUGAUCACUGAUGACUGGGUGAUUCCUGGUGGCCAGGAAAGGGUGGAAGUUCCUAUGGAACAGCUAACAUAUCCAGAUUUGGUCUUAAAAGAAGAAAAUGAUGUUGAUGUUCCAUUACCAACAGAUCAAGAUGAAUACACUGCAAUGCGACCAUGGCCUUGCGACUUCUGUUCACGGCGUUUCCGUAAGAAAGCAGCGCUUAUGAACCAUAUGGUGGCUCACCAGAACGACCGGCCGCACGCGUGCAACCUCUGCGGCGUGCGGUACGUGCGCAAGUGUGAUCUCAUGAACCAUCUCAAAGUCCAUGCAUAUGUGCCAGACAAUCCUGAUUCCAUAGACUAUGAAGACGUUUUAGACAAUAACCAAAUUGUAAAACCAAAGAAGAAGCGAGGUCGACGGAAAAAGAAUCCUGAGCCUGUUGAAGAGAACGGCAUGUGGGAGAACAUGACGUCAGCCCGCACGCAGCAGUGGUCGCGGCGCGCACGCAGCCCCGCGCGGCCGGCCCGCGCGCGCUCGCCGUCGCCCGCGUCCGCGCCCAGCCCGCCCGAGCCGCCGCCGCCGCCCGCCGACCCCAGCCGGCCCUUCGUCUGCAGGCACUGCGGCGUCGGCUUCGCCAGGGAGAAGGCGCUACAGUCACACGCCAGGGUCCACGGCGGCGACUCCCCGGUGGAGUGCAGCUCGUGCAGCGAGCUGUGCUGGUCGCGCGAGGCGCUGGCCGCGCACAUGCUGCAGCGACACCCGCACCUGCCGCCGCGCGGCGACCAGCCCGACCCGCCCGUGCGAUACGACGACUCCGACUCCGGUGACGACAUGGAGUUCCGCCUGUCGCCGCUGUCGGGCGGCGCGGGCGGCGGCGAGCGCGCCGUGUACGACACCAUGCGCGGGCCCGAGCUGUUCUGCCAGGACUGCGGCGUGGCCUUCCAGCGGGCCGACCUGCUGCGCAGGCAUGUGGCCGCCGCGCACAGUUACAAGCGGCACGACAGCAGCAGCAGCACGUGGGCGGAGCACACUUGCGAGGUGUGCGGCGACAGCUUCACGGACGCGCUGCAGCUGCUGGCGCACGCCGAGGGCCACGCCGAGCGCCCGCGCGCGCCCGCCGCCGCCAGGUUAAAAAGAAUGGCAAGAGGUAGAAACAACACUGCAUCUUCAAAUAAUUUGCGACAAUUUCCCUGUAGAGUCUGCGGCAAAGUGUUUGGAUCGCGAAGCUCUCAGCAGAUUCACAUCCGGAUCCACACCGGUGAGCGACCUUAUGCGUGUCGGUUUUGUUGGAAAGCCUUCGCUGACGGCGGGACGCUGCGGAAGCAUGAGCGGAUACAUACAGGAGAGAAGCCAUACGCAUGCGCUGUGUGUCCUCGCGCGUUUAACCAGCGUGUAGUGCUUCGAGAACACGUUCGUUCUCACCAUUCUGCGCCCGACAGACGGGCCAAUGGUGGGCCUGCUUAUUGUUGCGUCGUUUGCGGCCGUACCCUGCAUUCCAGUGCUGAACUGGUGCAACAUUUAAUACAGCAUUGUGACGCUAAUACGGCGCUCAAAAGACAGCCACAAACGGGUCCACGAAAGUAUAAGCGGCGGCGGAAACUGAAGAGCGAGCAGUCACCGAGCACUCCGCGCGAGUGGGAGCAGGCGUCCCCCUCCCCGGCCGGCGGCUCGCGCUCCGCCUCGCCCGCGUCGCGCGCCUCGCCCGCCUCGCGCGCCUCGCCCGCGUCGCCCGCCUCGCGCGGCUCGGGCUCGGGCGCGUCGGAGGCGGAGGCGGCGCGCGUGGCGGCGCGGCGGCGGCGGCGGCGGCGCUCGGCGGCGCGGCCCCGCGCGCUGCACGCGGCCGAGCGGGCCAGCGCGCGCGUGCGCCGCCCGCCGCGCCGCCCGGCCGACGACCUGCGCGCCAUCCAGCCCGCGCCCGAGCCCGCCGUCUACAAGUGCGAGAUGUGCGCGCUGGAGUUCCCGCGCCGCGACGCGCUGCUGCUGCACGUGCCCGUGCACAUCUGACGCCGCGCGCGCUAGGCGCCGCCGCGCCAGGCGCCGCUGUGUCCGCGCCGGGCGUCACUGUGUCCGCGCCGGGCGCCGCCUCCGCGCCGGAUGAAUCUCCGCGGACCGCGCCGGUCACUCCGCACGAUCGUUAUUACUGGUGAACGAAACGUUUUUGACUUUUCCCCGUAGUCUGUGACUCUUCAUGAAAAGCCUUUUUUUAUCAAAAAAUCACUGAACGUCAUUAUUGUAUUAAUAUUAAUGUGAAGCCAUUGUUUAAUGUUUAUUAUAGUUACAUAGCUGUCUUUGUACACUUGUGAUAGUUGUAUAAUUUUUAUGAUAAAAAUCUAUAUUGCUCAUUUCUUCAGAACAGUUAUCAAUUAAGGAUCCCUGUUGACAAAGUAAACUUUCAAUUCUGUAUAAUAUUAAGGUAAUAAUAUUAUAUUCCAAGCUGUGCUUAGAGGCUAAAUAAAAUAAAAACUUUAAUACAUGUAGGUUUCCCCGUAUUGUUCAUAUUAUUUUCAGUACUUUUUCACAUUUACACAAGAAUCAUAAACGACAAAAUGGCUUGGAAUUUAAGUGAUCAUUAGACAAUGAAGUUAGAGCUGAUACUUAAUAUUAUUACAAGUAAAUAAAUAUAUCCUGUUACAGUAACACAUAAUUGCAUUCUUAAUGUUGAUCCCAUACAUGUUGUUUAGCUAGACUGUAUCUAUAUCUGAAGAUAAAUGACUGUUUUGUUACAUUACCGAGGUGUGUUAGGUAUCGAGUGUAUUGUUGUAUUAUACUAAUUGACUGAUUUAUUGAUUAGUUCAAUGUACAGUUUUAUUAUGCUAGUGUAAAAUUAUGUACAUAAAAUGUGUAUGUAAUGGAUAACAUUUGUGACAGUUUUGACGUUUUUCAUUGUUUAGUACAAACACUGUAUGUUUUGGGGUUUUUACGGUUUAUAUCCAUUUAUUGUGAUAUCGUAGACAUAACACAUUAUUGUAGAUUUGUGCCAUGUGAUGGUUAUGAAAUGGUUUCAUGCAUUGUCCUGUAAAAAGGCAACUCAUUUUGAAUCUGAAGUUUAUCAAAUAUUAUAUUCAUUGAUCUUAAAUUAAAAAUAUUAUGUUAAUACAGAUAAUUUCGUAGAUGUGAAGUUACAAUUAAGCUAGUAUUUAAAAUGUUGUGCAAUACAUUCCCCAAAAUACAUGGUAGUCUGUAUGCCUUUCUGAAAUUUAUGUAAGAUUAUCUUUGUUUUAAAAUGAAGAUCAUAAAAUUGUACAUAUACCUACUGAAUAAAAUGUUUAUGUACUUUGGGAUAUUUAUUUAACCUUUUAGAAUAACCGCCUUUAGCAUAAAUGAGAUAGCGUGUUAGCCUGAGGAUAAAGCAAAUUAUAAUAAAUAGUCCAUCCAUGCAUUAAUACUUUGCAGCUACUCUUCCAUAUCACUAAAAGAUACCAUCGAAAUUUUAACAGACUAUGUUUCUGACACAAGAAAGUAGUCUAUUAAAAAGUAUAAUUUAAUUGCCAAGUAAUGAUUCGCCGGCUCAAAAAUGGGCCCUAAGUUUCCACCAUGAUAGGCUAAGUCAUAGCGGAUUUCAAUUUAAUUUUGUGGGUCACAGACGAGUAGCUGCGUUUCUCGCAUUUACGCGAUAAGACACUCACCCCUGAGCAUAUAGUACUAGCUACCCUCUAGCCAGCCAUUAAAAGCAAGAAAGACUAGGGUGUCACCUCAAGAGCGACCCCCUGGGAAUUCAGAUUCCAUUGUAUCGCCACUCGCAAGUAGCUUGCCAUAAGCUGUCCUGUGGCUGCAAUGCGCUCCUACAUAGACUACCAGAUAAAUUUCUUAAUUAUAUUUCCAGGUACGAAACAGCAGAUUUGGUUCAGCUAAACUGUGCCCUCGGGUUUUGCCUCAUUCCCGUUCCCGUACGACCAUGACGAGACAACAACUUGCUCAGAGGGCCAAUAUCAUAAUUAUUAAUAUGCAUGUUUUUAAUUUCAAUCUUUUAGUGAGCAAUGAGAUGCAUACAUUCACUUUUUUUUCCUUUUAUCACAGUCCAAAAGUCUCGAUUUUAUAGUGUGCUAUUAUUAUGAGAUUUCUGCUUCCAGCAUAAACGCGUAUUACUGAACGCAUAUUGAUGAUUUGUCAACUGUCAAUGUCAGUUCAUGUUUUACAAGUCCAACGAAUCCAUACAGUAAUUCAACUAAUUUUGGAUUUUCUGAUGAAAUAGGAAAUACCCUUUGUAUAAAAGAACAAACGGAGUUUAUUUUUUAUAAAAAAUCAGUAACAGUGACGUCAAAGAGUCAAUUCUACAUAUAUUUGUAAUAAAAUCUCGAAAACGCAAGUGACAAGAGUUAGUGUACAUUAUUACUUAACUUGUUCUUAAUCGAAUAUAUACAAAUUAAUUAUAAAAAAUCAUCAAAACGGCGGGACGAAGCAACAUGAGGCGCGCCCGAGACGGGUAUAACUAUCAACCAGUUCCAAGAGUGGCCACAGAAGAUGCCCUGGAAUACGAAAAUGAACGUAUGGCGGAAGAGCUGAGUGGAAAGAUAUCUUCUCUAAAAGAUAUAUCUAUUGAGCUGGGCAAUGAAGUGCGGUAUCAAGAGAAACUGCUGCGUGGACUUGAUGAUGAUGUGGACAGGAGUUCAGGCUUCCUUGGCAAAACAAUGGGCCGUGUUCUGAGACUGGGCAAAGGAAAUCACAAUUAUUACAUAUUUUAUUUAUUUCUAUUUGCAAUUUUCGUAUUCUUUUUGCUUUACAUUGUACUUAAAUUUAGGUGAUGUGAUAAUAUAUUUGUACUAUUCAUAAACUAUUCAUUCCUGUGUAUUUAUGUGAAACAUUCUUCCCUUGUAAAUAAAGAUCUUUAUCCUAUA